AUGAUGAUCGAUAAUUCCUACUACCUGGCUCACUCGCUGGAGCAACUUAAGCCACAAAGAUUGAGUGGUAACAUUUUUUUCGGUCCUUUGAAUACUUUAACUCAGAGACAGUUUAUCGAAAGCGAAAAUAUUAAAUUAUUUAUCGGCGUUGGAUUGAGCACUCGGAGACUGGCUCCUAUUUUGAAUGAAAUUCCUUCAUUUGCUGGCAAAUUGAAUGAUUAUUUGGUUUUAAACUUUGAUUCGGAGUUUGAUGCCGCAAGCAUCAUCAGCGGUAGCGCGGGCUCUGCUGUUGAAGAAUAUCACUCUCAUAAUUCAACAUUUUUAAAACUGAUCAUCGAAAAUUUCUUGAAAGGCAAUGAAGAGUUUUCAGUUCAAGAGGGAUAUCGAUGCCUGACGCCAACUCCGGAAACACUCGAUUUUGCUCAAAUAAUCGAUGGCGACGUUGAAGCAUAUUAUAAUGGUGGGAACGUCUAUUCGGAUCCUUCGAGCAGCAAAUUCGUAGCAUUCAACGAUUUCAUAGCUAUCUUUAAGCGAGUCAACCCUACGGCUAAAGUACUGGUGUUUUCGCAGAACGGUAAUGACCUGGAGUUGGUCACAUUUCUCGUAUCUGCUGUUCUGAAGGAGAAGCCUAGCGUCAAGGUGAGGGAAGCAUACCAAUUUAUCAAAUCUAUAAGGCCGACCAUAAACGAUUCACUAGGAAAGGUCUCGCAUGGUUGCUCUGCUUUAUCUGAAUUCCACCAGCUUUUGUUAGCGAAAGAGCAACUGGCGGCGCAACAGGGUUACACUGGUUGUAACCAAACGCCGCAGGUUUUAAGGAAGAGAAAUAAUUCAAUAUUGCAGGGAGGAACACCAGAACCAGCCGAUGAACAAGUUAUCGGAUCAAAAAGAAUCAGGUUCGAUUAG